AUGACCCGCAGUGCUGCACUCUUGGAUGGAAAGUUGAAGGCUACGCUUAAGGAACUUGAAUCCAAAAAAAACCUGUGCGAUCAGCUGUUGCAGGAGAGGGAUGAUAGUGAGGUAGAAGUCAAACGUAUUGUAGACAAGAACACUGACCUUAAGAACCAACUGGCGGAAUUACAUAUCCAACAUAUGGACAUACUUGAUCAACAUAGUCACCUUCGUCAACUUGUGUCAAAUUUUCAAGAAUGUAAUGACACACAUGAACUGGCAUUAAGGCGCAUCUCAGAACUGGAAAUUGAGCUAAGCAAGGCCCACAACACCAUCACACAGUUGGAAGCUGCUAAAUCCAGUGAACAGUCUGCGAACACCUGCAGUCUUUUCAAUGACAAGAAAAGAAGAAAAUCACAACCCAAAAGAGUCCAACGUAAGCCUCAGAAUCAAAGAAGUGCAGCUAAUGAUAACGAUGACGACGACGAUAUUGUGAAUAACGGUGAUGAAGAUAAUACUAAUAGUGACCGUGAAAACAAUACUAAUAAUGAUGAUGAAGACAAUAUAAAUGAUGACUUUGAAGUUAAUAUACAUUUUAAUGAUGAUGAUAGUAACCAUAAUCCAGAUGACUAUGGUGACGAAAAUUCAUAUAAUGAUGGCAAUAGCAAUACAAACAGUGACGGCGAAAAUAAUCCAAGUAAUGAAAAGGAAACUAUUAUUGAAGACGAUGAAUAG